CAGUUUUUGUGUAGUAGAGAUAUUUCAUGAUCACUCUCUCCCUCAUACUUUUUCUAGAGAGAGAAACAGAAGUCGGCAAAUGUGAGCUCAAGUCCAUCAAAAUCCGGUGUUAGUUUCGUAUUUUAGGUUCUAUUUCUUCGAGUUUGAGAAAUUCGGGUGUGGUGUUUGGCGGAUUUUUGUUUUUUAUUUUUAUUUUGGUAAGAAAUGCAGGAUAUACAUUCGAUUGGGAGUGGUGGAGGAGGAGGUAGGUUGUUCGGCGGCGGCGGUGGGGAUAGACGGUUGCGACCGCACCACCACCACCAAGGUCACGGACCACAGGCUUUGAAAUGUCCGCGUUGCGAGUCGUUGAACACGAAAUUCUGUUACUACAACAACUACAAUCUCUCUCAGCCACGUCAUUUCUGUAAGAGCUGCCGGCGAUACUGGACCAAAGGUGGUGUACUCCGUAACGUCCCCGUCGGCGGUGGAUGCCGUAAAACUAAGAGGUCGAAGCCAAAGUCCAGUAACAAUAACCCUUCCUCCGAUGCUACUGUACGGAAAUCGUCUCAUUCACAAAAUUCCAGCAGUGACAGCUCUAGCCUCACAGCGAACACUACGACGGCAAAAACAAAGGUGAAGACAACCCCAAUCGCACCGGCCGCCGCCGCAGAGGUGUUGUCAGGUAUUAAAUCAACAAACUCUGCACCGACGUUGCUUAAUUUUCAGGAAUCCUCCUCAGGAUUUCUCAAUAUCACUCAGUCGUCUGCUCCGAACCCUAGCUUCGAUCCACAGCUACUGAACCACUCAUCAGCCGAAAACAACAUAUUCCCAGAGAUUGGGACAUUUACAAGCUUGAUAACCUCAUCCACCGGUCAAUUGCCACUAGGAUUUAACAUAGCCGCCGACAUUUCACCGUUCCGGAUGCACCACACUGGUCAUCUUGUAGAAAAUUCAAACGCGAACCAACAACAAUGGAUGCAUACAGAUCAUACCAUGGAAGAUGAUUUGAAGGUUCCCGAUACAGGUCCACUGGGAUUCAUGGAUGCUCACACAGAUCAAACGGAGUUUUCGGGGUUACAUGACAAGGCAACUAACGAUGAACUUGGCACAGAGGAUUGGGAUAAUGGUACAGAUCAAGCAUUGUUUGAUCUAACAGGAAGCGUGGAUCAAUCAUACUGGAGUCAAACACAGUGGGAUGAACAUGAUCAUGGACAUCAUCAACUUAAUUACCUUCCUUAACAUCGCCAACGCCAAGGUACCGAAUUGAAUCAUCUACAAGAACUUUUUACCCACCAAAAAAAAUAACAGAAAGAGAAAAUGGAGAUAUAACGACUUGGAUCUCCUAUGUACAUCUAUAUUUUCUUGAAAUUUCUCAUUUAUGAUCUCCAGAGAUGUUUUGGGUUUGAUGUUCUUAUUGUGAACCCGAAGCUAACUCUUUUUUUUUAUAAUUUUUUUUCUUUCUUUUGGGGUUGUGAAAUUUUAGUAUGAUGAUUAUGGGUUUGAACCAUUUUAAUUUAUAAUAUAGAGGAUCAUAGUGUUUAAUUUC